UGUGUGUUUCGGAUGUGAUUCAGACUAUGAUGGAGCGCCCUGACAUGAUAAGUCCCACAAGGGAAUGGAGGGAGCACGGAGAAGGACAAGUGGAAUAUUUUCAAUUUGACAAACAAAUCACAUCCUGGGAAGCAUGAACAACCUGAGCGAGGCCUUCAGUCGCUCCACGGCCGAAGACAAUAACCCCGAGGACGGCAGCGUGGUGAGCAAUGACUUUUCCACAACGGUGGGCGCCCUCAUCCUGGGACUGGUCUUCCUGCUCGGUGUGCCCGGAAACCUCUUCAUCGUGUGGAGUAUCCUGGCUCGCGCCCGCCGCCGCUCCGUCACCACGCUGCUCAUCCUCAACUUGGCAUGCGCCGACGGCUUCCUCAUGGCGCUCACCAUCUUCUUCGUCGUCUACCUGGCCAAGCAGACGUGGGUGUUCGGCACGGCCAUGUGCAAGGGCCUCUUCUACCUUUGCAACGUUAACAUGUACGCCUCCAUCUUCCUCAUCACGCUGAUGAGCGUGCACCGGCUGGUGGUGGUGGUGCUGCCCCGCAGGACUUCGGCCAGGAUCAGCAGAAAGGUGGUGCGUCGUGUCAUCCUGGGCAUGUGGCUGCUGGUGGCCGUCAGCGCGUUGCCCUCACUGGUGUUCCGUGACGUGCGGGAGGACAAAGACGAGCGGAACAAGACGCGACACGUGUGCGCGCCCAACCACACGCUGCCUCGAUACGUGAGGUUUCAGUACUCCUUUGAGACGGUGGUUGGCUUCAUCCUGCCUUACGCCGUCAUCAUCACUAGCUACGUGCUCAUCCUGAGACGCUUGCGACAGACCAAGUUCCGCCGGAAGGUCCGCAGCGAGAAGCUGAUCCUGGCCAUCGUGGUGAUGUUCUGCCUCUUCUGGCUGCCGUACCACAUCAUCAACAUGAUACAGGUGGCAGCUGAAUGGUACUCGGAGGGAUCACCCAGACGAGAAACACUGGAGUACAUCUACCAGUCUAGUCGAGCUGUCACUUCGGCCCUGGCGUUCAUCAGUAGCUGCGCCAACCCCGUCCUGUACACUUUCGCCGGCAAGUCCUAUAUCAAGAAGAACGGCUUGGGCUUCAUGGCGCGCCUCUUCGAGGGGACGUCGCUGGACCAGACGGCCACGAAGCGGUACAAGGACGUGAAGCUCAGCAACGUGGAUUCCGGCACAGCCUCGUCAUGACACGCAAUGGACGAUGACGAGCCCUGGAAGAACGGACGUGCUUGAAUUGAGAGCACUUACUGUAAAUGAAAAUGCAGACUUUGGUUACGGAACGAUAACCGAUUAAAACUGACUUAUUUUGUAUAGAGUGAACUUCUGUGAUUUCCAACAGUGUGCUGUGGGAAAUUACCCAAUUUCACUUAAUUGGUUCAAAUAGGGCGGUGCGGUGAGCGACUGGUUAGCACGUCUGCCUCACAGUUCUGACGACCGGGGUUCAAAUCCCGGCCUGGCCUGUGUGGAGUUUGCAUGUUCUCCCCGUGCCUGCGUGGGUUUCCUCCCACAUCCCCAAAACACGCAUAGUCGAUUGAUUGAAAACUCUAAAUUGCCCAUAGGUGUAAAUGGUUGUUUGUUUCCAUGUGCCCUGCGAUUGGCUGGCAACCAGUUCAGGGUGUACCCCGCCUCUCGCCCAGAGUCCGCUGGAAUUGGCUUGUGAGGAUAAGCGGUACGGAGGAUGAAUGAAUGAAUGGUUCAAAUAUUUACUGCAGGAAAUGCAUUUUUGCUCAUCCGGCAACAGUUUGUGACAAGCAGAACAAUUGGAUGUGCUUCCUUCCACUAGAUGGCAGAAGUUUAAAAAUUAAUCCGUGUCUCCACCUGUUGCCCUUCUGACAACAGAAUAACAGCAGCUGUGUUCAUCUGAACAGGUCCACAUUCAACGUUUUAAAAAAAAAAAAAAUAAUAAUUGUAUAAUGAAUGGUACUUUUUGUUUAUAUUGAUGUGCUGUGAGAUUUUUCUAAUUAUGUGCCUUGGCUCAAUAAAGUUUGGGGAACACUGA